AGGUAACUGCCAAUCAGCGCGGCUCUAUUUGGCUGUGCCGGCGUGACAACUGUCACUGUGUCUGCCGAGGUCAAGGGGAGAAAAGCAUGGCAGCGCUGUUCAGAGGGUGUCGUAAUGCGCUGCUAAGGAGGAACAAUCAUGUUAGCCCUGCCUUGGUGUCCAUGCGGUCCAUGGCCUCAAAAACCCCUGUCGGGUUUAUUGGUGUGGGAAACAUGGGCAGCCCAAUGGCCAAAAACCUGCUGAAAAAUGGGUACCCCAUCAUCGCCACUGAUGUUUUUCCGGAGUCCUGCAAGGACCUUCAAGACCUGGGUGCCCAGGUAGUUGACUCGCCAGCAGAAGUCGCUGAGAAAGCAGACCGCAUCAUCACAAUGCUGCCCUCCAGUCCCAACGUCAUAGAGGUCUACACAGGCCCCAAUGGCAUCCUCAAGAAGGUAAAGAAGGGAACGCUUUUGAUUGACUCCUCCACCAUCGACCCCGCUGUCUCAAAGGAGAUGGCGGUAGCUGCAGAGAAGAUGGGAGCCGUGUUCAUGGACGCACCAGUGUCAGGAGGUGUCGGCGCUGCCAGCAUGGCCAAUCUCACCUUCAUGGUGGGUGGAGUGGAGGAGGAGUACAACGCUGCACAGGAGCUGCUCACCUGCAUGGGGGCCAAUGUCGUUUACUGUGGACAAGUCGGCACUGGACAAGCAGCAAAGAUCUGCAACAACAUGCUUCUUGCCAUUGGGAUGAUUGGCACCGCAGAGACAAUGAACCUCGGCAUCAGACUGGGUUUGGACCCCAAGCUUCUGGCAAAGAUCCUCAACAUGUCCUCGGGCCGCUGCUGGUCCAGUGACACGUACAACCCCGUCCCCGGCGUCAUGGAGGGAGUGCCCUCCGCCAACAACUACCAGGGAGGCUUCGGAACCACGCUAAUGGCCAAGGAUCUGGGCUUGGCCCAAAACACGGCCACCAACACCAAGACGCCGGUCCCUCUCGGUUCCCUGGCCCACCAGAUCUUCAGAGUCAUGUGCUCCCGGGGCUACGCCAACAAGGACUUCUCAUCGGUCUUCCAGUUCCUGCGUGAGGAGGAAGGACAGUGAGCGGAGGAGGGGGAGGAGCACACUGCUGUCCACGUAACACACACACACACACACACACACACCCAGUGCCCCUUGUCCCACAGCACUCAGGAGAGACUCUUAGGCAAAGCUCCAGUCCAAUUAGUGUGCGACAAAUAGCCUCAUGGAGUCACUUUCACUUUAGUAGAAAUGCAAAAACUGGCCUCAGAUCAGGUUCUCCUUUUUAUGGCACCCUUCAGCCAUGCAUGUUCAUAUACAUUUUCAGAACAAUAAUCCACGUUGAAUAUUUUUUCAGCAGUUUAGCCUAUUUAAGAACACCUGUUUGCUUGUUUUCUUCCACAACUUCAAGGAGAACCGCACUAUUUUUUGUAGAAUCAUCCACGAUCAUUGUGUGAGACAAGAGCGCACAUCUUUCUCUUUUUGAUGCGUUCUAAAUAGUGAAAAAUGCGGAGGAUAGGGAUUCCGCCUAUAAAGCGCUCUAAAAAAAAACCAUAUUAACCAAGUGUAUGUAAUUGUUUUCUUAAAGUUGGAGCUCAUCCUCUUUAUAUUCAGGCUCAAAAAAAUAAGAUUCUCGAUCAUUUGUCCCAAAGUAGUCGGCACUCGCAAAGUCAACCAUGAUUAGUUGUAGAAAGUAGCAUAGUGUGAAAUCCAUGUGCCCAGGAAAGAAAUGUUUAAAAUAAAAAAUAAAUGUGCUACGACAUGACAUACAUACUUACAGCAUGGACAUAAAACCUUGUUGGAUGGUUUAAAUAGGUAAUUUCUUUGUUAGCCACCGCUUGCUAGCAGUUUUUUACUAUUUAGAAAGCAUGAAAAAAGAGAAAGAUGGGUGAAUGAUUGGGAAAAAUUCCAAAAAAGUUGCAUUUACUUUCACUUGGGACCUGAUCCUCUUUUGGGAAAUUCUGUUAUUGAGCUGCUUGGCUUUGCACUGUGCGACGUUCAGGGGAAUCAGACAUUUGAAAUAAGCUACUUGAAUUUACCUCUCUGCCACUGCAGUAUUGUUCUGUGACCAGCACUGUUUCAGUUGUUUGCUGCGAAAUACCCUCCUUUUGAUGUUUGUUGUUGAGUAACCCUGUUAGUGUAAGGAAGAGAUAGUUGGUCCUACUGCGUUCAAGCAAAUGUACAUACUGUAUAUUUUAUUUUCUCUUGGAAAGACGUUGACGACAACUGUGACUUUUUCUUGUUCAAAUAAUUGUCUACAGUUUGCAUUUGCCCUGUGGUACAUAUCCUCAACACUUGGACCUAAAAUGUACAUUAAAACGUGUUCUGUG